AUGGCUCUAGAUAUGGAUCUAGUCCAGCCUUUCACAGUGCCUGAUGACAGUACUUGUGAUCCUAUCGAGCCAGCUAUUCCUCCAACUGAUCCAUCUCCUGCUGAAGCCUCGGCUUCUCUGGAUAAUACGACGUCGUCACGCCGUCUUCGCCCAAGAAGGGCUAAAACACCCGCAGCCCCCAACACCAUAGCCCCCUCUCAAGCAACCGGACCCCGCCGUCCGAGUGCAAGGAGCACAACAUCUAAAAAACCAAGCCGAGCAUCAUCAAAGAAGAAGGCUGUUCGAAGGGAGGCCGCUCUUGUGGCCACACAGGCCCAACAACAGCCCGUCACCGAUACUCCAGCUGCUGCUGUUGACUCUACCCCUCAAGAAGAGGCCGACAGCAAAUAA